GGGUGGCGGUGCCGCCGCCCCGCGGUGCGCCGAGCUCGCCCCGGGGCCGGGGGGGGAAGCGGUGCCCGUGCUUGGGCCCUUCCCCCACCGCCGUGGUUUCUGCGGGGUUUCUGUGAGAAGUGCCUCGCAUUUUCUCGGACGGGUUUUGCUGUGGAGCUGGUUUAUUCGCGAUUGCAGUGGCGAAUAAAAAGCAGAAGCAGGCCGUCAGCUUGUGUGCCCAAUUGCCCGGCGCUUGAUUCCUCCCCUGGUGCCCUGCUGGCUCAGAACUGCAGGUGCUGUUAAAAUCCCAACUGUUUCGGUGUCUCCAGACGACUUAAAUGCAACGGCCAUGGCAGAGUUUGGGAGGUACAUUCGGGAAGUCUUCCCGGCUGUAUUCUCUUCAAAGUUCAUUCGACAUGAAAUUGUCGGGGAAUACAGUCAUCUCUUUACUGUGCAGGGUUCUAACCCUGAAAUGCUGCCUUACAUGCUGCUCGCACACAUGGAUGUUGUGCCUGCUCCCCCCGAGGGCUGGGAUUUCCCUCCUUUCUCAGCCGCAGAGCAUGAAGGUUUCAUCUAUGGACGAGGAACACUGGAUAACAAAAACUCUGCCAUAGGUAUUCUGCAAGCUCUAGAAUUUUUGCUGAGAAGAAAUUACAGACCCCGCAGAUCUUUCUAUGUUGGCAUUGGACAUGAUGAAGAGGUGUUUGGUCGGAAGGGAGCAAUGAAGAUUGCAGCUCUGUUGGAAGCCAGGGGAGUGAAACUUUCCUUCUUACUGGACGAGGGGAGUGCUAUCCUGGAAGGCAUCAUUGCAGGAGUGAAGAAGCCAGUAGCUCUAAUUGCUAUCACUGAAAAGGGUUCAAUAACACUGAACUUCACUGUGGAUAAAGAGCCAGGGCAUUCAUCAUUUCCUCCUAAGGAGACAAGUAUUGGCAUUCUUGCAGCAGCAAUGGCCAGACUGGAGCAAAAUCCUAUGCGCAAUCUGUUUGGCCAUGGGCCAGAACUCAUGACUAUGGAGCACCUUGCGUCAGAGUUCAGUUUUCCUCUCAAUAUCGUCAUGAGCAAUCUAUGGCUGUUUUCACCUAUUGUCAGCAGAGUUCUUGCCUGGAAACCUUCCACCAAUGCCUUAAUUCGAACUACUACAGCAGUCACAAUGUUUAACGCAGGAAUCAAGCCAAAUGUCAUCCCAUCUUCUGCAAAAGCAACUGCGAACUUCCGGAUCCACUCCGCAGAGAAAGCCACUGAGGUGCUAGAGAUAGUUAGAAACACUGUUGCUGAUGACAGAGUGAAGAUUGACGUAGUAGAGGCCUUUGAUCCGCUUCCAGUCAGUCCAUGGGAUGACCAGACGUUUGGAGUCCAUGUUUUUCAAAGAACCGUUCUGGAUACUUUCCCAAAUGUUGACAGCGUAGUUCCAGGCACGUGUAUCGGAAACACAGACAGCAGGCAUUUCACUAACGUCACAAAUGCCAUUUAUCGAUUUAACCCACUGAUCUUGCAGUCAGAUGACCUUCCCAGGAUCCAUGGGUUGAAUGAGAGAAUCUCGGUUGAGAAUUACGAGAAACAGGUCGAGUUUCUCUUUCAGCUGAUUAAGAACUGUGAUAUUGAGAAGCUUCCGGAGCCUCACGCAAACUCCCAUGAGCUGUGAGACAAAAAGCCUGAGCGGAGCAGCUCCUGAGGUGGACUCUGGGAUGACAGAGGUCUGGGCUGUAAGCAGCAGUUGUGUGUUGCAUAUUGAGCAAUGUCAGGAAUGUGAUUUUACAUAUUGUGGUUGGCACACAGAUGGAAAAACUGCAGGUUGAUGAUUUAGCCAAACGCACGGUUUGCUGUAAAGUCACAAGAACAUGGAUAAAACACAACAAAUAUUCCAGAUUUCUGUGCCUCCCUGAUCUUACAUGCAGCCGUUAAUCUGAUGGUAUUAAAUUUUUUAGCACGUUCUUUAAUCUUUAAGCCUCUGAAAUAGGUAGUCACUUAAAAAUCAAAGCUAUAAUUGGCAGUCACUUGUACAUCGUUAUAAGAAGAUAAUCUUCCUCUGUGUGCUUUUGACAAACUCUGCUUUUACAGUUAAUUGAUUUUCACAAAUGAUGUGUCUGUCAGAAACUCAUGUAAAAGGUACACAAAGGGCGUUAGGUGUGAUGUAACUGGGUAGAGUUGCACUGAGUUUGUUGCACUGAUGAUGGGGUAGGCUUCUGCCCCAGGUGAUUCUCUCAACCAGCAUUUACAGAAUCGACUUGAUCCUGUCAUUUCUCCCAUGCAUGCACUGAUUUCUGACUGUAGCUUGAAAUACUGAGCUUCAGGAGUUCUAGCUAUGUUGCUUUACAAUAUGUUGCUCUGAUCUCAGAGGUGCAAAAAACUUUUCUUCCUGUCUUUUCUGUGACUUUUUUCCUCUCCUUCUCUGGUAAGACCCCCAGGCUGUGUUGUGCAGCUGUGUCAGAGCAAGGAAUCCUGACUUUAAAUAAGAAACUACAUCAGAAACUUAAUUGUGAAAGCAGGCAAAGCCCAUCAGUUUAUUCCUGUUUGGUGGGAGCAGAGUUUUCUCUAUCCCUUCAUGGCCUGCUUUAACGCUUUUCACAUUGCCUGCCACUUCUAUUGAAUUGGCUCUUUGGGAAUCCAACAACACCAAUAGCCUGUCUACUCUAUUUUAUUUCAUCUUGCACUUCUUGCACUAGCAUGCCCAGUUUUGUUAGCAUUAAAAGGGUAAGUAUUCUUUUGGCCUUGUUAGUGUCUUUAGUUAGAGUUAUUGAUACUCAUUAAACAAUUAAGGACUAGAUGUUAGACAAGGUUAAAACUGUGUUAAAACUGCUUUGUUGUACUGACAUGCAGACUCUGUGCUAAGGAAGGAGGCAAACCUUGCCCUGUUGCAGAGAUGUGUGUGUUUUUCAGUUGAACACUGGAAUGGGUGGUUAUUCUGCUUUUCAUUCACUGUAAAAUGUGCUGGAAUGUAGAGGAAAUAUCCUGAAAUGUAUCCUGAAAACCAAUGAUGGAAUUGGUGAUUCCUAUUAUUUCCAUUCACCAUUCUCUAUUUAUUUGCUGUCUGAUCUUAUCAGUGUGGCCAAUGGGCUGAAGUUGUAUCAAGCUACUAAAUAAUUGAAACCAGGUUGGCAUUUUUGUCUAAUAAAACAAGGAAUGAAGCUUCUUUUCUUGAUUAUUA